AUGCCCUCAAUCCCAUUACACCCUCAUCCAUCGACACUCAAUGCCAACACCAACACCGCCAUCGAUAAUCCCCUCCCGCCCCUCCUCCAGACGCCCUCCGGUCUAGCCAUUCUCGAACUCCAAGGCACAAUCAACAUCCCAUCCUCCGUCCAAGAACCCGUCAAGAGUGACAUGUCCCGAUUGCCAUUCUCUCAAGGUGUCACCUUCGAAACCCAUGUCGGCAAAUUAAUGUUCCCGGACUACUCCCCCCAUCACGACAAAGAUGACAAGAAGUGGAUGAAACGCGUUUAUCUUUACGUCGGUCGAUACCAGAGGAUGACUGGUGAGGUUAAGGAGCUGUCAAAUCCGGUCGCAGUUAUACAGAAGAGGCCUAGGAGGGAUAUAGGGAAAGGGAAUGGGAAGGGAGAAGGGGAGAUGGAUGUUGAUUCCGAGCAGGUUGCUGCGCCGUCUUCUGAGGGUGUUGAGGGGGAUGAAUUGGAAUUGGAAAUCGUCGAGAUUAUCAGAUAUAAGCUCUUGUUUAAGAGUAGGCCGGAACCGGUGAAUGAUUCUUGA